CUCCGAAUGCCCCUCCUCCCCGGUCUUCUUUGCUGCCGGUCUCACGAUGGCUCUUCCCCGAUGCAAGGCGUCGGCCAGGAGUCUCUCGUGGACUCUUGCAUUGUUGCUUUUGCUUCUCUCUGUCUGCAUGCCAUGUGGCCCGGGCGCUGUCGGUGCCCAGCUCGCCGAGCAAAUCGGCGGAUCACUCUUUUGGAUGCAGUCACCAGGGGACAUUUACCCAAGAUCGGAAGGCCAUGUAGGUCGGCUCGUGUCGGGUCAGCCAUCUAUGUGGUACACUGUCACACCCUCACGAUGGCGCGCCUCCCGACAUCAGAUCGACCUGGACACAUUCAAGGACAUCCGGCAUGGAUUCUUUUUCCCCAGGACCAGUGAAAACCCCCUGACUGGUGAUAUGUCCGGUGUGCCGGCCAGCCCGACCCGCGGUCCCUUGGCUCUCCCCUCGAGCCGCUGGGAUCCGCUGUUCCUUUGGCAGCAUGGGAGCCAAAUUAUUUUGUCCACCACAGGCCAGAGCUACCCCUACUCGGGGCUCAAUGGCAUGCAAGUCACCCUGCUGGCCGGCCAGGCCAUCGGCGUCCAUGAGGCCACGGCCCUGGUGCUUCUGGGCUCCGGCACCACGGCCACCGCCCGGACGCUCAGCUGGCUGGGGGGAGAUUGGUCCGCCCAGUCGCACGCCGUCAGCCAGCCCGUUGGCCUGGGUGUGUCCGGCCUGCCGGGGAGCUUUCUCCUGGCAACGACCACGGGCUGGUCCUGCCUUCGCCCGGGGAAGGCCCCGGUUGUCCGAUCGCUCAACGAACGUCCGACCUCUCUGGUGGCCACGCGCUUUCUGACCUCGGACCCGGGGCUGAUGGACCUCGUCGUGGUCACCGCCAGCCGGCUGCGUGUUUACAUCGGCCUCAGUCCGGUGACCUGUGUGGCGGUGGACGUGCUCGAAUCCUCGGCCCUGCCGGCCGAUCGCCGGCCGCUGACGACGCACUUCGUCCCGGCGAUCCAGGACAUGUCCCGUCCCACGGGCUUCCUGCUCCUUGGCCGUGGAGUGGAUGCCCUCUGGCGAGUCAGCUAUCUACCGGGGCCGAAUGGACCUGCUGAUGGGCAGUUCAUUUGGCAGCCUUUCCUGCUGAAUUAUGCGUCCUUCUUCGAUCCUCAAAGCAACUAUCCCCCCAACAUCGCCAGCUUGAACCUCGGCUCAAGGUGGCAAGAGCACUGGGUCUACACUUACGGCAGGCAGACUUUCCUGCUUAGAGAACAGUUCGCAUGCAAGACCGAUGCCUCGAUUGAGUGCUCUGGUCAGAAACCAAGUUGGCGUUGUGCGCCGGGUCGCCGGCUCGCGCCUCUCCGCUCGCCGUUGGAACUGUGUGCCGGGUGCAUCGAUGGUCUUUAUCCCGUGCAUUUGGGUCUGGGUCGAUAUGACUGCCGGCCGUGCUCGGUGCCAGGCUGUCGGGUGUGCUCCGACGGCGGGGGAUCGUGCACUUCCUGCCACCGUGGAUUACUCCUGUGGCGGGACCCUGCCGGCGGGGCGGAUACCUGCACGGCCGGCUGCCCUGACGGCAGCCGCGCAUCCGGCCAGGUGUGCGUCGCCUCGGCCCACGUCCCAAUGGACAUUGAUAUCACCCCGCUGUCCCACCGGCCGGAGGGGGCCUAUGCUGUGACAACGUGCCCCACGCGCACGUAUCUGCGAAGCGGGCGCCUCCAUGUGUCGAAGGCGUCACUGACGGCCGCCGAGCCAGGGGCCCUUCUCGCGGGCAUGAGCUCCGGAGCGGUGAGCAUGCUGAAUGUCGACGCCCUGCGCCAGGAUCCGGCGUCCAUGUUGGACCAUGUGCCGGUCAGCAACUUGCCCAACUUCUCGGGCGUCCGACAGAUCAUCGAAUUGGAUCCAUCCAUCCGGCAGGGCAAUGUGCAGAUCAACAUCGUUGUUAUCGCCAGCCGAGUGCACCAUCUGGCUCUGUCCUGCACGCUACCCGAUGUGGGUCCCCAUGCCGAGUGCGAGGUGGAUAUCGUGUCCAAGGAACUGGCGGGCUUGGCUGCGACGACCCCGGCGAGGAAGGUGGCCCCUUCGGUGGUGGCCUUUGACGGGCACGUGGUUGACUUCCAGGAGGCCGAGCAACAGCCCGUAUCGCGCGCUCUCUCGGAAGGUCGAAGCAAACACCCUGCCAUGGUGAUGCAUCGCGAUCCAGCGACCGGGCAUUCGGAUGACUGGAUUUAUCAGUAUGAUCAUCGGUAUUGGGGGCUUUAUGCCUGUCCGUGGAAACUAUUCCGUCAAGGCGACGCCCGAUGCCAGCUCGAGGACCCGCGCUUCCUGCUCUACAAUGCAGUGAGCAUGUCGGCCCCCCCUUCCGGUGAGGGCAUUCACCCACUUCGGGGGUCUGAGGGCGUGUCUGCCGUCGAUGUCAAGCCAGACCGCAGCUGGGUGCUCAUUUCGCUGGCGACAGGCUCCCGGUCGCCGCAUCUCCCCUCGGAGGAUGUCGUGCAUGCGGGCACCCUGCAUGAGGGUGGGCGCUUCUUUUGGGCAGCUGAGCAUGUUCGCCUGGGCCUGCAGGCACAGGGCCGCACGCGUGACAUCGCCGGCAUGGGCAUGGUUCUGGCCGAACUGCCGAAUUACAACUUCGGCAACUUUGCCAUGUGGGGCGUCACCCUGCACGGGGUGGUGGGAUAUCCGAGCGCGCUGGUGGUGGUCUUCAACCAGAUGGUGGGUGUGUCGCUGAUGCAUUGCCCUGUCGGCGGCCUUGGACAGUGUCGGCUGGAGCCGGGACGAAUUUCCUCCUUCCACCCUUCGGUGGGCUUUUCCUCGCCCCAGCAGGUCCUGGUGGCCCCGGCCCCUGGCACGUGGACCAUGCACGAGGGCAGGCCGGCGGCGGUGACGCUGCUGCUUUUCGAGCGCGGCCCAAAGGCCCGGCAUGGGCUUCUGGUGCGCGUGGGGCUUGGUGCCUGUCCGGCGGGUACAUUCGGGCCGAGCUGCAUUCCCUGCGAUGCCCGGUGCCAGACAUGUUCCGGUCCCGGGCCGGGGGGGUGCAUCGUGCCGCGAUGUGGCGCCUUCAUGCCCUCGGAUCCGACCACCUGCCUGGCUGCCUGUCCGGCGGGCCUCCAUGCCGGGGCAGACGGCUCGUGCAGGUGCCAUGAGCAGUGUGCGGCUUGCGGCCGAACGGCGCACGACUCGUUCGUGUGCAAUGUCUGCCCGCCCGGCAUGGCCCUGGACCGGGCGCAGCCCCAGGGGGACCGGUGCUUCGCCUGCCACCCCUCCUGCGGGGAAUGCUCGACACCGGCCAGCGCUUCGGGGUGCCUCUCGUGCUCGGGCCCAGGCAUGCUCCUGCGUCCGGAUGGCACCUGUGGGUCUUCCUGUCCGGCAGGGACCUGGGCCGAUGCGCAUACCGGGACGUGUGACCCGUGCAUGCCUAACUGCGCCACUUGCACGGGUCCCAGCUCGUGCGGCACGUGUCAAGGGGGGUAUCUGCUGGAGCCGAUAUCCGGCUGGUGUAUCGCCUGUGCCGAUCAGUGUGCCCGGUGCUCAGGCCGCCUGGACGCCUUUCUCGAAUGUCGCACAGGAUACCGUUGGCUCAGCGGGGCGCCGCCCUCUGAAGCUGGGACGCCGGGAACCUGUGUGGCUUGUCCGAGGGGCUGCGCCGAUUGCCAUGGGAAUGGCCAGUGUGUGUCUUGUGAAUCAAACCACAUUUUCCAAGCGUCGACGCGCAGCUGCGUCUACGUCUCUCCGCCUGGCUGCGACACAUUCAAAGCAAAUGGCCUCUGUGAUCGCUGUAUGAUGGGGUUUUAUUUGGACGCCUCUGCGAAUGAAUGCAGAUCAAGUUGCCCUGCGGGGAUGUCGGCCGAUGCCGAGCGUGCGACUUGCCAGCCCUGCCAUGCAAGCUGCGCCGAAUGCAAGGCACCCGGGGACCCGGGGGCCUGUACAUCCUGCGCCGGGGGUAGGGCGCUGCAACCGGACGGCCGAACCUGUGCGGACACCUGCCCGCGGGGAUUCCUCCGGGAAGGGGCCGCCUGCCGGGCGUGCGGCAGCAAGUGCCUGGCCUGCUCGAGGGCUGGCGAGUGUGACGAAUGCCAGCCGGGGCAUUACAGCUCGUCGGCGGGCGCCUGCCUGCCCUGCCAUGGCUCCUGCGCGACAUGUACACAGGCAAGCGCCUGCGACACGUGCCACCUGGGCUUGGUGUUCCUGUCCUCGGACCCGGCGAUGCCCUCGCUGUGUGGGAGUGUCUGCCCGGCGGGGGAGCGCCCCGGUGCGGACCGGUGCACCGGCUGCGAUGAGAGCUGCACCGUCUGUGCCUCGGCCCGGGGGGACCUGUGUGAGGUGUGUGCGCCGGGCUACCGCUGGGAGGGCGAUCCGCCGCCGGCCGGCGGGAGUAAGGUGUGCGUGGCCUGUGGCCAGGGCUGUCUCUCGUGCACGGCAAGAAAGUGCUUCAGGUGCACCAGCGGGUGGUUCCUGGGGCCGGGGUCGGUGUGCGUGGCUGCCUGCCCGGCGGGCAUGUAUGGCGACCUAGUGGAGCAUGCCUGCCGGCCCUGUGAUGUCAGCUGUGCCACGUGCAGCGGGCCCUGGGCCCAGCAGUGCACCUCCUGCGCGGCCAACUUGGAGCACCUCCCAGCAGGGGGCCGGCCCGAUGGCCGGGGAUCGUGCCGGUCCCUGUGUCCGGAGGGCGAGUUCCGGGAAAUGCCCUCCGGCGUGUGCCAGCCGUGCGACCCGGCCUGCGCGGCGUGCAAUGGCCCGACGGAUGGGGACUGCUGGCGGUGCAGGGGCGGACUGCUGCAGGGGGGCGCGUGCGUCCAGGCCUGCGCCGCCGGGCAUGUGGCCAUGAGCGAGCGGUGCCUGGCCUGCCAUGUGUCCUGUGCCGAGUGCUCCGGGGUGCGCUUUGACCAAUGCCUGGGUGCCUGCCCGGCCGGGCUGCUGGCCUUCCCGGCCGGGGCGUCGCCGAAGCAGUGUGUGCCCAGUUGCCCGGGGAACUUUUUCGCCUCCGACGCCGGGUGCACGGCCUGCCCGGCCGAUUGCCAGUAUUGCCCGGCCGGGCCGGACACGUGCAGUCGCUGCAGCCGGUCGAAGCUCCUGUCGAAGGGAGCCUGCGUGAGCGUCUGCCCGGCGGGGUCGCUGGACGACCGGGUCCAGUGCUACACAUGUGACGGGUCGUGCGCGACGUGCCACGGCCCGGGGCCGCAGCACUGUCUGGCCUGCGUGGCCAGCGCGCCCUUGGUGUGGGACAGCACCUGCCAUGUGUCCUGCCCCCGGGGGACCUUCCGCCGGGAUGCCGAGUGUGUGCGGUGCUUCGACACGUGCGAGACGUGCUCCGGUCCCGGGCCCGGGGAUUGCACCAGCUGCCCGGUGGGCCGGGUGCUGGGCAUGGACGGGGCCUGCUUCGGGGAUUGUCCCCCGGGGCAGUAUGCCGGGGUGGUGCGUGGCGGCCAGCCGGCCUGUCACCCCUGCUCGGCGACAUGCGACCAGUGCCUGGGCCCGGGGGCGGCCGAGUGCACGGCCUGCCGGCCGGGCCAGCUCCUGGAGGAUGGCCGCUGUGUGGGCCGCUGCUCGGCCGGGUACUUCGAGUGUGCCGCGGAUGCGGGCCGCUGUCGAGCUUGCCCGGCCGGGUGCACCGAGUGCAUGCAUGACCGGUACCGGGGGCCGGGCUGCGAGGCCGCCUGUGGCGCAUGCGCGGCUGGGUGGGUCCUUUCGCCGCGGACCGGUGUCUGCGAGUCGGCCUGCCCGGCGGGGGAAUACCUGCCGGGGCCCGGCGAGUCGCACUGUGCCCCAUGCGCAGGGGCGUGCACGACCUGCCACCAUCGGGCAGACCGGUGCACCGGGUGCGCCGAUGUGGACCUCUGGCUGUGGGUGGACUCCGGCCGGUGUGCGGGCUCUUGCCCGGCGCAGGGGUACGCCCCACUGGCCAGGGAUGGCGUGUGUCUGCCGUGCGUCGACGGGUGUGAGUACUGCUCGGCGAGCGACGAGCAUCCGGGCUGCCAGUGGCCGGCCACCGGGGGGCUCAGCUGUCCGCGGGCCGACCGCUGCGAUGCCUGUGCCUCGGGGCUGCUGCUGCUGCGGGGGGCCGAGUGCGUGGAGUCCUGUCCGGUGGGAUUCUACGCCGAUUGGGAGGCGCCGCGGCCCCUGUGCGCGGCCUGCCAUGUCGGCUGCACGUACGCGUGCGUCGGGCCGAGCGAGGAGGAAUGCAUUCACCCGGGCGGAGGGGCCGCCAGGAUGCGCCUCGUGCUCGGCCUGGGCAUCGGCCUGGGCAUGUUGCUGGUGCUGCUGGCGCUGCUGGCGCUGGGUCUCCUGCUGCGGAGGCGCUCUCGCUCGAAGGCGCCCGCGCAAGCGCCGCCGGAUGAGGAUUCCACGGUUCUCAAUACGAUCGUCGAGAUGUCCCUGCCGGGGGCCAUGCUCGUGAGCAUGACACACGAUGUUGUGGCCCUGGACGAGGACCACCUCGGGUCCGGGGCCCAGGCGGCGGUGUUCGCCGCGCGGGUCGUCGGGGCGGGGACGUCCUCGCGCCUCGGCUGCAUGGACACCGUGGCCAUCAAGCAGAUGAAAGCGGACCGAAUGACACCCCUGCAGGUGACGCUCCUGCAGAAUGAAAUUGCCCUGAUGUGGCUGCUGCGGGAGCACGCGCACAUCGUGCGGAUUUACGGGUACAGCGAGGACCCGCCGGCCAUCGUGAUGGAGCGCUUUGAGGGGGACCUGGCGGGGCUGCUCCACUCGGACCUGUGGCUGGGCCUGGGCGCGCUGCUGGACCUGGGCUUGCAGUGGGCCACCGGGCUGGAGGCCAUGCAUGCGAAUGGGAUUGCCCACUGCGACUUGAAGCCGGGCAAUGUUUUCGUCCGGCGCGGGGCCGAUGGGGCGCGCUGGUAUGCGGCGCUCGGGGACCUGGGCACCAGCCGGAAUUUGAAUGCCGACCGGGCGUCGGCCCUUGUGACCGCGGCGCCGGAGCUCAAUGCCCUGACGGCGCGGUACGCGGCGCCGGAGGUCUUGCAGGCCUUCCAGCGCCGGCAUGCCCUCCGGGCCGAGCACUACCUGCCCUCGGACAUGUACAGCGCGGGCAUCCUCCUGUGGGAGACCAUCUCGCGCAGGGUCCCCUGGGAGGGGCUGCGCUUUGGUGGCAUCGCGGGGGCCGUGGCGGCCGGCGAUCGGCCGGCCCUUUACCAUGCCACGGACCCGGUGGCCCAGGAGGACUCGGCCCUGGGCCGGGGCCUGGCCGACGAGCUGUCCCGACUCUGGUCAGAGGACCCGGUGAACCGGUCCUCCGCGUCGCACCUGCGGCACCUGUUGGCGGAGCUGGCCGCGACCCUGGCCUAG